AUGUCCGCAACAGCUUCCGGCUCCAACGCAAGGGCCAACGGCUCUGCCCACUCACGAGAACAUAAUCAGGGAAACCAGGAACGCAAGUGGACGCCGCAACAAAAGGCCGAAGUGAUAAGGAUACGAAAAUGUAGUCCCACGGCUUUCUACGAGAUCCUCGCGGUCGAGAAAACAGCAAGUGAUGGAGAGAUUAAGAAGGCGUACCGCAAAAUCAGUCUGUUGACACAUCCCGACAAGAAUGGAUAUGAAGGUGCCGACGAGGCUUUCAAGAUGGUAUCGCGCGCAUUCCAAAUACUCUCAGACGCCGAGAAGAAGUCGAGAUACGAUCAAUUCGGCGGUGAUCCCGAUAACCGCUUCUCCAGUAGUGGUGCUGCAAGCGCAGGAGCCAGUCCAUUCAGUGGCUUCGCGAGGUCGCCUGGGAGAGGACCCAUGUACGAAGAUGAAAUCUCGCCCGAGGAGUUGUUCAACAGGUUCUUCGGCGGUGGCAUGGGACCCGGGUUCCAAUUUGGGGGCGGCUUUGGGGGGCCCCAGUUCGUCUUUAACAUGGGCGGCGGCCCUGGCUUCACAGUACAUCGCAUGGGCGGCACCAGACCACGAGGGAGGCCAAGAGAAGCGCAGUCGGGACCUGCACCGACAGGCUUAUCGGCAUUGACACAGCUGUUACCACUGCUACUGCUGUUUGUUCUUCCACUGUUGUCAUCAUUUUUCACUGGAUCCUCCAAUUCAGGUCCGCAUGUUCGAUACGAUUCCCCAGUCCCACCACAUACGAUGCAUCGGGUAACACCCAGGUACAACAUCGAUUAUUUCUUGAAUCCAGCGGAGGUGGAGGGAUACACGUCAAGACAGUUCAGCUCACUGGACCAAAGGGCGGAAGUGGAUUAUGUCUCGACGUUGAAAUAUCAAUGCGAGAAUGAAGUACAACGACAGCGGCACGAGAUCAAUGAAGCUACAGGCCUAUUUUUCACAGACGAGAACAGACUGAAGAGGGCCAGGGAGAUGGCAAUGCCUGGCUGCCGCCGGCUGGACGAGUUGAAAGUCACCCGGCAAUAUUAG